CGUCACUCGCUCCGCCGUUGCCGAAAGUUGACGAAGCACACGACCGGCGCAUCCUCUUUCUCUACUUUAUACCAUCAUCGACCUAUAAUUCGUCCGAUAAUGCACUUCUUCUCGCAGAACUUCGACUACGAGCAUCCUUGGGCCCAUGUCAUUAUUGGGAUGUGGCACAAGUACCCCAACCAACACUGCUCGCAUGUUGUGAGCGUAGACGUUCUCGAUCGCUCAGUGGACCCGGAGACGGGCAUCAUUCGGACGGAGCGGAUACUGGGAUGCAAGCAGAAGGCACCUGCAUGGGUUGUACGGCUGUUUGGCGGGUCAGAAGACGCGUUCGUGCGGGAGAUAUCGUUCGUCGACCCCGCAACACAGAACGCGACGAUCACCUCCGUAAACCUCUCGCUCUCUCAAUUCGCCACCUGCUACGAGCGGAUACGAUACUCGCCAAACUUCGCGCAGCCCAAUCACACUCUCUUCAAGCAGACGGCAGAAGUUCAGGCGCGCAUGACCAUCUGGCGCUCCGCUGCGGAUGGGUUGGAGAGGUGGCUUGUGCAGCGCUUCGAGCAGAAUGCGCAUCUCGGCAAAGCUGGAUUCACGGACGUAUUGCGGCGGUUGUGGGAGGAGCGCGAACAGCUGCAAAUGCAGGCGGCUCGCUAAAGCGUGUCGCGCUGGAGGAGUUGCCUGCUUGCUUCUUGGAUCAUCCCCCUGCUGUUACCCUGCGCCUUUACAUAGACGACCCCCGCAUACGUUAUCACGACCUUCAUUUAUUGCACUAACCAUUGGGUAGAAAAGACAGGCAUACUGUCGAGUAGAGGAUAGCUGUCACAUGGAAUCGAAGUGUUUCUCAACUUCA